CGGUUCCUUCCCUUGCGCCUCGUCGCAGCCAACACAUCGUCAUGCCGACGCCCACACUCUUUUUCACUAUCGUCAUUGCCAUCGGCUUGCUCCGAUUCGCCGCCUGCUUCAACUCCGCCGAUGACGACGACUCGGAUGAGGAGACGGCGGGCCUGUUUGCAUUUCAGACGACAGACUUUGACCCCGAGAAGAUCAAGCGAGUCGUGAUACAGCUCCACGGGCAGGGCCGUGAUGCCUGGCUCUACUUUGACCAAACGACCGAGGCACUGUACAAUGCCACACGCACAAACACGGCGAGCAAGAGCAAGUCCAAGAAGCGCACAAAGCUGAAGCGGUACGAGACGCUCAUCUUUGCGCCCUGGUUCCUCAACGAGGACGACGAGGGCGCCUACACGGACCUCGAUGCUGGCUCUUCGACGGCGGGUCCCCUGGUGUGGCCCGGCAGCGAGUGGGCCAACGGCGGAGACUCCAUCCUGCCAUCUGGCGCUUCCGACAAUGUCUCGUCGUUUGAAGCCAUCGACGGCGUCAUUCGCCACUUUGCUGAUCGGGACACCUUUCCCAAGAUGGAGACAAUCAUUGUCGCAGGGCAUUCGAUGGGUGCGCAAAUGGCCCAGCGGUAUGCCCUGUUGGGCGCCGUACCCAGCGGCCGCCUCCCCGUCCAUUUCGUCGUGGCAAACCCUGGGUCCUUUGCCUACCUGACGCCAUCACGGCCAAACAGCGUCGAAAACUGCUCCGAGACGUACGACCAGUGGAAGUACGGCCUGGGCGUCUACGAGCAGCGGUACCUGUCCGACUUUGUGCGCGAGAGCCUCGACCAGCAAAAUGACGUGACAGACGUUCGGAAACGGUACUCGGAGCAGCGCCUCGUGCACUACCUGUUCGGGACAGCCGACCAUGGCAAGGGCGACACGAGGUGCGAGGCCGUGACGCAGGGCCUCACGCACCUGGAGAGAGGCCGCAACUAUAUGCGCCAUCUCGCUGAUGUUGUCAACGACGACUCCAUCGCCGCUGUCACGGCAAACAUCCACACCGUCGACUACAUCAAGAAUGUCUCGCACGACGGGCUGGGCAUGUUCAUGUCCAAGGCCGGCAUCGAAAGACUGUUUUACACAAACGUCUUGGGCGAAGAGGAGCCCCAGGGAGUCGGAGAUGCAGACCCAGACUCCCAGUAUUUCUACCCUUCACGCUCCAGUUCCCUCGCCUCCUGGAGGCCGACUGCGCUUGCUACUGUAUUUGCGACCCUUGCGCUUGCCGCCAUACCUUCAUUACUGUAAAAUAGCAACCAUUUCCAAUUAGAGCAAUCAUACCAUACAAUGUCCGCCAC